AUUGAAUGAAUCACUUCAUUCGUAUAAAGCCAAAAACGGUUCAAAUUAUGUGAUAUUUAGCGCGGUGUUUGGCCCAUUUUUACAAGGCACGUUAAGAAAAUAGAAUCAAGGAUUAAGUCGCAGAGCACUGAAAGACCCUUACAAUUGUGCUUAGUCAUCGUGGCUGUAAAACUCACGGUUUUCGAAGAAUCAUAGAAUUUUUGUAUGUUUUUGGACAGAAGUUUCCCCUUAGUUUGUGGUGAUGCAGCGUGGUAGAUUGGCAAAAGAAAUAAACUUAAGCUAAUAUUUAUGCUUGGAAAAUGAAGAUUGACAGAAGUAAACUGCGCAAAACGCAGUCCGACGUGGCACCUGAAUGCAAACAACUUAUUCAAAGAUUGAAGGAAGCCAGCGAUAGCGAGUUAAUACGUAUUCUCCAAGACAUCAAUACUUGGUACUAUGGAAAGUGCGAGCUUCAACACUGGGUUGAUGUUAUGGACAAGUUUGAUGAAAUCUUAGCCAGUGUUGCUAAACCAGUGAAUGGCAGCUCUUGGAUCCUAGCUUAUGACAAGUUGGAUCAACUUGAGGGACCAGAUAUAGCAAUUGAACGUAGGUGCUUGGUAAACCAUGUGUUGAGAUUCACGGCUCUUGUGUUGGAACACUCAUAUACAAGACAUCUCUAUAGCUCAUCAGAGCAUCUGGUUUCACUGUUGGUUGCAAGUGACAUGGAAGUUGUUCUGUCAGUUCUUGGGGUACUUUAUGUUUUUAGCAAAAGAUCUAGCUUCAUACCGCGGUUACCCGCUGAUAAAAGGAAAGCGAUUCAACAGCGUCUUCAAUGCCUGGGAGAGACAUGGGGAGGCAAGAAUGCAGGCUUCAGUCUGGCCCACUGUUGUGAGGAUUUACCCUUAAAGGAUUUUCCUGCUAGCUGUGCUGAUGUUUAUUUUGAGUACUACAAUAAUAACCCCAGCACUUCACAGCUUGAUUCACAGGCACAAACCCCAGGUAGCCAGUUGACUUCUGUGCAUGUCCAGCAACUUUACCAGUUUUCAGAGAAUCCUGGAGAGGUUAUGGAACAGCUCUUGGGUUGUUACAAUGUCCCUGCUGACAAACAGGUAAAUCUGUUCAGUAGAAUACGCCUGGCAAAACAUUUCCCUUUCCAUGAGAAGAGGUUGCAGUGUAUUCAAGCUCGACUCCAAGCCAUCUCUGUGUUAUUGUAUUCCAACAGCACUCAAGAUGUUGUAAACCCAUUGCUAUAUCAAGGAUUUAUUGAGGAAACUGUAGAAUUACUUGAGUUGGAGCAGCCACAAUUCAGUGAGAUAAAAACAGCAGCCAUCCGUACUCUUACUGCCCUUGUGCACAUGGAGUGCAGUCCAAGAGUAAACACUGUGAUUGACUGCACAGGGUUUGCAUCUUAUCAUGGAUUCUUACCUACACUUACAAGAAACUGCAUCCAAGCUCUUACAGACCCACAAGCUGAUUCUCUUCCCUUACCUUUUGCAACUGGGUUGUUUUCAUUUCUAUACCACUUGGCAUACUAUGAAAUUGGUGCUGAAGCAUUGGUGUCCUGUGGUUUGUUAGAAGCUCUUCUAAGAGUUGUGGAACACCAAGGAGGAGACAGUCAUUUGACAUUUGUCACAAGAGCAAUUCGUAUUAUGGAGUGGAUUGCCAACAUGGACUUGUCUGGUUACCAGAAUCAGAGUGGGUUGACUGCCAUUAUCAGAAGACUAGAGCAAGAAAUAAAGAAAUGUCUGCCUCAUCAUGGACCCAUACUGUCUCCAGAGCUCCCCUCUGCACCUUCUAACCAACAAGAGGGUGUUGCCAUGGAAACUAACGAUGCACAGGGAACCCAGUCUGAUGCUCCCUCGCAGCCAUCUCAAACAGAAGAGGUUCCUAUGGAAACAGAGCAGCCACAUGUCAACAGUACAGGAGCAACAGAUGAUAACAAAAUGGAGGUGGAUGAGCAGGACUCAGGCAAAGAAAAGUCAGUGAUUGCAGGCCCUAGCUCAGGAGCAAGUCCUAUCAGCAAGAACCGCUGCUUGCCUCAGAGAGCUGCACUGGUUAAAGCUGUUCUGAGCUUCUUGAAGAAAUCUAUUCCUGAUCCUUCUUUCUCAGAGAGUAUUAGAAAUGUAAUGGACAGCUCACUUCCAACAUCACUGAAGUACAUCAUCAGCAAUGUGGAGUAUUAUGGCCCUGUUCUCUUCAUGGCAGCUAUUGAUGUUGUAACUGUGUAUGUUUUCCAUGAGCCAUCACUUCUGUCUUCUCUCCAAGACAAUGGUUUGACUGCAGUUAUGCUGAAGGCUUUGGUAGUAAAAGAGGUACCAGCCACACGGGAAGUUCUUUCAUCACUACCAAGUGUGCUCAGUGCCCUUUGUUUGAAUACCAGAGGACUGCAAGCUUUUAUGAGCUGCAAGCCUUUUGACAAGUUGUUUAGAGUCCUGCUUUCUCCAGACUACCUUCCAGCAAUGAGACGUAGACGAACCUCUGAAAGUCUAGGUGAAACUGCCUCCAACCUUGGGACAGCAAUGGAUGAACUAAUGAGACACCAACCAACUCUAAAAACAGAUGCCAUGAUGGCCAUCAUUAAGCUGUUGCAAGAGGUUUGUAGUCUUGGCAAAGAUCCCAAAUACAUUGGCUUUAAAAUGGGUGCUAAGCCUGAUGGUAGUGAUACAGACAACAGUAGUACAUUAGGACAGGGCACUGGGCGUGUGUCAGUAGUGAAUGAGGAGCCUAUGUCAGAUGAGGAGGAAGAUGAUGAAGAUCGAUUCAGCUUCACAAGCACCACCAGUACUGCAAAAGUUGUCGCGGAGACUGAUAAGUUCAAGGAGAACUCAAAGAAUACAGAAGAAGAGAAACGAACAUUCAUUCCACUUAUUGACUAUAUUCUGAAUGUGGUUAGAUUUGUGGACUCAAUCCUUAGCAACAAUUCAACAGACGAUCACUGCAGAGAGUUUGUUCGUCUUGGAGGUCUAGAUCCCUUGAUUAACAUCCUUGGUCUGCCAAACCUGCCACUGGACUUUGUGACAUCUCCUGCCUGUCAAUCUGUCUCAGGCGUGUGCAAAUCUAUCUUGAUGUUAUCACAUGAAUCUCAAGUGUUGAAACAAGGACUGACUCUACUCAGUGACGUCCUCAGUUCUUUGGAGCCUCUGAUUGUAAGAUCAGACCAAUCACCAGUAUCCAUUCUGCUGCAUGAAGUAGCCUGUUCAGGUCGACCACAACAAGCCAUGGCAUCCGUACAGUUGACUCCACUUUUACACGGAAUAGCAGCAGCUCAUGCACACAUCAGUAUGUUCCUUCAUGUUUGUAAAGUUGGUCAGUUUGAAAUCCGUACUUUGUGUAUCAAUCACUGGGGCUCUGAUGAAGGUAUCGCUGUUCUCAAGCGACUCGGUCAGUUAUACAUGUUUCUCAUCUGGGAAACGAUUGUCUUGGAAACUGCCAGCCGAUCAGACACCUCAUCCGAUGAAACAAAUGUUUUUGACAAAGAUCUGGAGAUGCUCAAAGCGUCAACCUCAGCAAGUCAGGAAGAACCUUCAGGGCAAACCUCGGAAGGCAGUCCAGCGAUGACAGUUACAAACGACAAGCUAACAAGUGGUGAAGCCAACACCGCAAAGUCGAAUCUUCUUCCUGUACAGCAAAGAAUAAUAAAACAACUCCUUCAGACAUCAACUGCUCUGGGUCGUGCUUUGUCGGACCUGUUUGUCCUGCUUGUAAAGCUCUGCGUUGGAUCUGCACAGCGGAUGCAGCGUCGAGUUCCACACACAGCAAUGCCAACCCCACCAGCCUGCCUUGUUGCUCUGGAGCUUAGCAAACUUUUAAAGGAUGCUAUGUCCUGGCAAGGAUUUCCCAGUGACAUGCCAGCGCUCAAGCCAAGGUUGCACUUCUAUAUGUGUAUAGUCGGCUCUGCUUCACGUCUUCUGUUUGAUGAAAAGAAGAACCCUUACCAUCUGAUGUUGCAACAAUUUGAUAAGUCUGGGGCACACAGCAGCCUUUUCUCAUUGCUGAAGCUAAUACUUAAGGAGAAUAGCAAUGCUCCUCCUGGUGAAAGUGAGACUGAAACUCUUCAAGCUGGUGCUCAGGAGCUGUUAGAUUCAUGGUUAACUCUAGUCAGUAGACUUGUGAACUCGGAAACCUUGUUGAAUUCCCCGCACAGCCUUCCUGCUACGUCCACUGCGCUGUUUUUUGUGCCUUUUAAACCGAUUGAAUUCCUCGUCAAAACUCAAAAGAAAGCAUUCUCCGCCGUACAACAGCUAUGGGGACAGAAAUUUCCUGAGGAGUAUGGUCCACAUAUGGCAGAGGCCUUGUUAGCCAUUUUUUACCACAUCAUCAAGGGGGAGGCUGUCAUUAAAGAGAAGCUUGGGCCUACACCCGAAAGCUCUUCAGCUUCCAGUAGCGCUGCUGCGUCUUCUACUGCAGCACGACAGCCUGCUGAACCAGCUCGGCCUCAGCCGGAGAUUAACGUACGACAUCUGCAGCAGUUCAUAGACAUGGGGUUCACACAUGAACAUGCCAGACUAGCGCUGAUGAGUACAGGUAGCCUUGAGGAGGCUACGGAUUAUAUCCUGACUCAUCCACCACCUCCUCCAGCAAGGGAGCUUGGUUUGGACUAUGACAUGCUGGAGGAAGAUCAAAUGAUGAGGGCGAUAGCCAUGUCUCUGGGACAGGACAUAACUAAUGCCAACGCUUCUGCUGAAGAUGCGUCUGCGAGUCGUGGUCCUGCUGCUGCUGCUGCAGUUGCUGCUGCAGUUGCUGCUACUGCUGGUACAGCUGCUGCGCCUUCCACCACAACCGCUGAUGAUGCUACAACCUCUAAGCCAGAGACGAAGGAAGAAACCAAAGAGGUUAAGGAAGAAGAUAAAGAGAAUGAAGACAGUGACGUUGCUGUUCCUUUAGAUAAGACAGUCCUGGAUCAGUUUACCGCUGACAUGCUGCAGGGGUGUUUGGAGGUGUUAACGGGAAUGCCUGGAACUGUGUUCAAAGCUUGCGAUGUUCUGUCUGCUGUGGCUCAACGGAAUGGCAAAGAGUGGAAAGAGAGGACUAUGAUGCACAUACUAAAGCAGCUCACAGCAGACAUUGGAACUGUGUUAAAAUCCUGCACUAACCAAGGUGCUGAUGGCAAACAGCUCGAGGAAAGUAUGUCCAAGAUGAGCAGCAUGUCCGAAUCAGCUCGUUUGUCGUCUCUUCUGCAUCUCUUGUGCCUGCUAUUUGAGGAAAAGAAAUUUCGCUGUGAAGCCAUCGUUGAGGCACAUGGGAUUGUGAAUCCAUUACUAGAGCUACUUGAAUUAUGCCAGGCUAAUCUUGUACAAAUCAAGCACAAAUCAGGAAGCACUCCGUCUACACCAAUUUGGUUAUCUCCACUGCUUCUUUUGUUGGAUACCCAUGAAAAGAUGGCAGUCACUACCAAGCGGAAACAACUUCAUGAUAAGUGUACGACGCACGCCUGGAAAUGGUUUGAUGACCGCAGUGGUCGCUGGUACAACUACAACGUUAACAACAACACAACUAUCGAUGCAGCUUACAGAAAUGGCGAUUCGCGGGUCAGGUUCAUGGCAGGAAGACGGCGUUAUUUGGUGAACUUUUCCACAAUGGUUCAGGUCAAUGAAGACUCUGGUAAUAGACGUCCAAUAAUGCUGGAAGCAGUCACUAAUCCAGGCAAUGGUGGUUCAGGAAGCGGCAAAGGUGAGGCGGAGAGCUCUUCAAACAGCAGGAUCACUGAUGGUCCUAAGGGAAGUACUGAAGCUCCUCCGACCAACUUACAGGAAAAGGGAAGCAAGAAAGCGAAGAAAGACAAACAAGAAAAGAGUAGUUCAGAUGACCAAAAAGCUCUUAUAAUAAGGUGCUGUACAUGGUUAAUUGGUAUUCCUGUAUCACCAAACACCUUACACGCAGUUCUCAAACUGUGCCUCAGACUCACUCAAGAGCAUAAAUACGCAGUGCAGUUCGUUGAUCAAGGUGGAGCAAGAGCUCUGCUUUUACUAACACAAGACUCCCAAGUAACUGGAUUUGGUACGCUGGCAACUCUCCUUCUUCGACACGUACUGGAAGACGAAGAAAACUUGAAACAUGCCAUGGAGAAAGUUGUGCGGUCCUCCGCUUCGAGCAGUGUUAGUAGUCCAGUCACUGGCGUCAGCCAAAGCUCACCAGGAGCAAAGGAAAUCAAUUAUGUUUUACGAGUUCUAGGACCUGCCACUUGUCGCAAUGCUGGACUUUUCAAAGAAGUAGCCACGAACUCACUUCGUUUAGCUAUAACGCCGCAAUUACGCCGAACAAUGAUUGAAGCCGGCGACACGAACUUACCCGUGAAUUACGCCCAGAUUGUCAAAGCUGCUGUCGUUGCGAAACCUUCAAAGCCACCUCCGGUGGCAAAGCAGGUUCAUUGCGUCGUCUAUGACUUGUUGAAUGUGUUAUGUGCGUCGGACAAUACAACCAGGACAAUAGAUAAUAGGGGAGUACUAAUGGCGCGCUCUGACAGCCAAGUGCUGGGAGAGUUUGGGCGUGCGUUAGGGCAGGUUGGAGACCUGAUCGCUCGCUUUGCAGCCCAGAGUUCUCAACAGAAUCUGGCGGCUAGGCAGCUUCCAGCGUACACAAGGCAGCUUACCGGGGAUGAUGUCGAAGUCGAAGAAAUGGCUCUUGACUCCUCGCAGAACAGCAGCCAAGGCGGUUCACUGUUGAAUGUUGAAGAAAAGAAAGAGGAAAACUCUAAGGAAGAAAACAAGGAUUCUAGCAAAGAUGUACAGACCACAUCCAAGCCUCUGUUAUCAAAGUCAGCCAUUUUAAAGCUGCUAGCAGAGCUGGUAAAGUCUUACUCAGGAGUAGCGCAACUUAUUACAGACUAUAGUCACAAUGCUAAGCUGUCUUCAGCAUCAGAGUACGAAGGAUCGGUGCUAGCCUUCGUUCUGGACCACCUUCUCCCAUCAGGAACAUCAAGUGAUAACGAAGACACACCAUCGUGCGCUCGCACUCUCCUCGCUACCAUUGCUACCUGCCACCAGGCACCCGAAGCACAGCAGACCCUCAUAGCAGAGAUGAAGGCGUCUCUUAGUCGGGCGUUGAACGUACCAGAGUCUACAACGAAACACUCAAGACUUCAAGCGAUCUUCACAUUAGUGCAGACCAUGAUUGAGAACGGCCCACACUCUGCUGCGCAACACACAGCAUCACAGCAGCCCAACAAUGUUAUGAAGUUGCUGCUCAAGAAAGGUCUAGUGAAUGAUUUAGCUCGAGUUCCUCACAGCUUAGACCUGGCUAACCCUAAUUUUGUGACCACAGUUAACUGCCUGCUAAAGCCCAUGGAAAAGUUAUCUGGUGUGGUGAAUCAGCAGAGUACGGGGGCAGCUCCAUCGGUGGCUCCUAAAGACAGAGUUAUCGGCGGCGAUCCACAGGCAAGAAGUGGGGAAGGGACAACGACGGAGUCAGAGUCUCGACAGGAAUCUUCAAGUUGUCAAUCAUCCGGUGGAGCUGCUGAACAAGGAGCACAGGAUACUCAACAAUCUACAAACUCUACAUCUGAGCAAGUGACCGUGAAUGAAGGUUCUUUAGCACCUGAACCUCCACCUGACAACGAGGCGCAAAGUUCCAAUUCUUGGGGACUCGCUGAAAUCUCCGGCAGGUCAAUUAUUCCUAUGGCUUCAGAAGAGGAACUUGAAGAACUGCAGGAUAUGGUGGACGAAUUACUGCACUCAGAUAGUAACGAAGGCCAGACAGGGCAAGACAUGGACAGUGGCGUUAUUGCCGAACAUGUGAUGACCCGUCGUAUGGCUGACGGCCGCGUGGUAGAGGAGACCACCUAUGUGAUCGACCCCAACACCAGUGACAGUGACGAUGACGACCACAGCUCCUCGAAUGGCGAGGACAGCGGCGGGGAAGGGGUGGCUGACGACACGGACGAAGGAGAGGGAGAGGAAGAUGGCGGAGGAGGAGACGAUGAUGAAACUAUGGUGAUCACUUUUGAAGAACCGACUGGUAAUAAUGAUGAUGAGGAUCACGAUGAUGAUGACUUAGCCGAUGACGACGACGAUGAUGAUGAUGAUGAUGACGAUGAAGAUGACGACGAGGACGAGGAAGAAAUCAGCAUGGGGAACAACACAGGAGGUGGUAUCGGUGCCAGAGAGGGUGGAGUGAUGGAGGAAUCCAGUGGAGUUGAUGUGAUGGAGGAAGAGGGAGAAGAAGACGACGAUGACCAGGAUGAGGAUGAGGGUGGCAGCGACAUGGAUGAAGAUGGCGCUGACAUGAUAGGAGACGACUCCUUCAGAAUCUACGAGGAAGAUGCAGUCUACCUCCCCUUCGAUGAAGGUUCGGGUCGUCAUCUGGAGUUUGUGAGUGGUCCUCAUGGCAACAGAUUUGCAGGCACGUUCAUGAUGACCAUGUCCCAGGAUGAUGAACCCGAGACAAUAUCCAGCAUGGCACAGCGGCUGUCUCGUGUACACGGCCUCCGCGUGACCCCCAGGCACCACACCCACCAGUCACAGUCGGUCCAUUCAUCGCAUCCUCAAGGCGUGACUCAACCUCCUCUACCUGCUGUUAUUCAGAAUCUCCUUGGGCCGGAGACUUCCGAUGGACUGCAGUUUAACACUAGUGUAAGCCACCGAGGCAGGCAUUUGGUUCAAGAUGAGAUACAAGUUAUUGCAAGAACCACUGAAGAUGGCGGACCAGAUGAGAUCUUCUUUGAAAACUUCAAUGAGGGUGCUGCGUCUUCAGUACCAUCUGCUUUAACUCGCUGGGCAGAAGAAGGCCAGAUUUUGGACGCACAAGGCGUUCAUUACUGCGUAGCUGCGGUCAAGCCUGAAAUCUUGCCCGUCUUGCUGAAAUACCAAGCUGAAGAAAUCGCCAAAGGUAGGGAGGAAGAGCAGAAGAAGAAGGCAGAGGCCCAGGCAAAAGCAGCCGCUACCAAGAAGGAGGAGGAAGAGAAAAAGAAGCAAGGCAAAAAAGAAAGUGGUGGAGAGUCAUCAACAGCUGUGGAGGGACAGGGUACGUCUGCAGAAGGAGAGGCAAAGGGUGCAUUUGAAGCACAGAGUGAAGUGAUGCAGGUUGAGCAGCAGUCAGUGGAUACAGUAAGGGAGGCUGAAGCUACACCGUCUGAGCCGACACCCACAGAAGAUGCAUCUAUGCUAAUACGAAUGUACAUGGAUGAACCUUCUGCUGAGGCACCUGCAUCAUCCAGCGAUGAAGCGAUGGUAAGAACUUCUACCCCCGUCAAUGAAAGUGAAGAGCAUGCCUCUUCUGUGUCUCCCGCCGUAGUACCGGCUACGCCAGCCAGUUCCAUUGUUCAAGAUAUCAUCAGUGCAGCCACAGCAGAAGUCGCCGGUGUAAGAACUGCAGGGGAGGCUGCCACAUCAGCUAUCGAGAGCCGUCCGGGUUCAGUUACUGAAGCUGAAAGCACAGAACAACAGGCUGUACAGCAGGAGAGCGAUUCUUCUCCCAUGGCUCUUGAAGAAGAAGGGACGACUACAGCCCCAAGCGCUGACCUUACAGAACCAUCCCAAGCCGUCGUUACCAUGCCAACAGCAGAGGCAGAAGCAGAAGCUGGGCCUGCAGCAGAUGCGGAGGAGCCGGGAACUAGCGGGGAAGCUGCGGCUUUAACAAUAGAUGGGAUCCCGAUUCCUGACGGAGUAGAUCCUUCGUUCCUGGAAGCCUUACCAGAGGCCAUUCGGCGCGAGGUGCUUGCUGAGCAGUUAGGCUUGCAUCCCCCUCCAGCCUCACAGAGGAACACUGCGCCAGCCGAGGGAAAUGAGGGAAACACUGACCUCAAUGUGAGCCCUGAGUUUCUGGCAGCUUUGCCUCCUGAUGUCCAAGAAGAGGUCCUUCAGCAGCAACGCAUUGAACAAGAAAGACGACGCAUCCAAACCGCCACUCCUGAGCAAGCUGUUGAUCCGGGUUCUUUCCUUCGUAACCUAGCCCCCUCCCUGCGGCAAACAGUUUUGGCAGACAUUGACGACUCUCUUCUUCCUUUACUACCGACUGACUUAGCCUCCGAAGCCCAGACCCUCCGGAGAGAAAUAGAUGCCAGGCACCACAGGCUGCUGCAGGAGCGUUUUAACUUCGGAAGUGGAGACAGAGCUUCGGCGAUUUCUGCUCUAUUGCGUCACUCCGCCCUGUCACGCCACGGGGGAGGGUCCCAUUUUGCCAGGCUGCUUCCCACGGGGGGAGGGCUUAGUAGCAGGGGCACAGGGUUUUCAAACGGUCCGUCGUACCUCCCUCCCCCAAACCGUAAGAUAGUUGGACGUCAUUUAUUGGAUCACGAGGCUCUGGUGUGCCUUCUGGUGCUUCUCUUCGUGGAGGAACCUCGUCUAAAUACUGGACGUUUGCACAAAGUGCUUAGAAAUCUGUGCUAUCACGAGGAAACUCGAACAUGGCUGAUAAGUGCCAUGAUUUCGAUUCUUAGGAGAACUAGUGGGCAAACCUCAGACGGUUCUUGCCCUGUUCCUUACGUAGAGAGUUCAUCGCACGCGGAGGUGUCGUCUUCGUCGAUGUCCGAGCCCGUCAGAACUGAGAGUCCAGGUAGACUCGAUGAGUACCUACUCACUCGGGAGCAGUCUUCUUCUGAUCCUAAAGCGUCGAAGCAACAUUCAUGGUUGUCAUUCGGUUUGCGCACAUCUUUAGGAUCACGGGCAAAUGUUUUUGCCAUUAAGCGGCAAGGAAAAGCUGGACUAGAACGCAGCACACACGUCAGCAUACACCCUCAAGCCUCGCAAUUUGUUUGUAAGCAUGUGCUCGACGCGUUAUUGUUCUUAGCGAAAAGCUUUCCUGCUAGUUUUGCUCCGUUUCAAUCGGCUGCAAAACUGCAUCCAUCAUGUAGCAAAGAUGAUAGUUCGUCGACAGAGGGGAAAGCGGCAGGCACUGCCUCCCAAGACAGCACAGACUUUUGGGAUAUCUUGCUUAAACUUGAUACCGCUGGAAGCGGAAGAAAAGGGAAAAGUGCAGCGAAAACAAGUGCGAGUCAAAGUAGUUUAUCUUCGACGAAAGAUUCGCCUUUAGAGGAGUUUUCUUUGUCGCCCAUCGGACAGCUCUUAGGUGCCCUUGAUGAACCUGUUGUACAAGGAAGCGUGGUAGUGACAGACAAGCUUUUGCGGUUGUUAUCAGUAACGUCUGCGGCGCUCCCGGACUUGCCCGUGAAAUCAAGCAGAAAAUCUGAAGGCUGCGAAACUGCGGCUACUGAAGCAGACCCUGCUGAAACUACAACGCAGGCACCAACAGGAGAACCGGUCACGCAAUCUAUGAUUUCCACAGAAGCCGUGACAAAUGUGACUGUGACAAUUCCAGAGGAGAGCGUAACGCCUCAUCAUGUGACUGUUGAUACACCCUGCUCAGAAACUGAGUCAGUGGCUUCGUCAUUGAUCGUUGAGCGCUCGUCUGAAGCCGGAGGCGAACCACAUGAGGUUGAAUCACUCGACGGUGGGUCUGUUGACGAGCUGCUGUCCCACCCCAGCGAGGCAUCCUCCCAUCCAGGGGUGGCGGAGCCCAUGAUAGUCGAGGUGACACCUCCUCUUGGCCCGCAUGCACUGGCUUCUAAUGAAGAAAGCUCACUUCUGACAACUUCGACAGCUGUGGUAGAGGCAGAGUCCGUGGGGAAGGAGAUUCCAGAUCAGAAAACGUCCAUAGUGAAGGAAGGCGAGUUACGGCUGGUAGUUAACGUACUUACCUCUGGGAUGUGCUCGGAAGAAGGGCUCGAGGAUGCGACCACACUUCUGCUCCAAGUCUCUCGUCUGAACUCGCAAACUCGUGACAGUGUAUUACAGCUUUUAUUGGAGGGAGCUCGCCGAAUUGGACAGACAUUGCAAGAGAACAUAGCUCUGCUGCUAAGUGAAUUAGUUGAACAUAAUAGGAAUGCUCCACAGAAGGACGAAUCUGACCUUAAAAAAGGCAAGAGACCGGCCUCUCUAGUACUCCCCAGUGCUCCUCGGAGGCCAACAAGGGGCGGUCACCAAUCUGGCUGGGCGACGAUGCCUGCUGGCUCAAGGGGCAGGCAGCAAAACAGACAAGUGCGGUACGAUCUUCAUCUGCCGUCCAUGCCGGCUCUAACUUGCAAGACUUCCAGUCAGGCACUUCUACUUAGAGUUCUUAAAGUGAUUCUUCAGCUGAGAGAAGCGGCAAGGAAGACUGCAUCUGGGACGACGUCGGCAAGAACAAGAAGCACACAGAGGAGGGUCGCAGAUGAGAGUUCAGUAGUACAGCGCCUCGUACAAGGAUCACGUGGUCUGGGUGCUGUAAUAGCCGCCAUAGAAAACGAGGCGGAAGCCAUCUUUGAAGCAUUCUCGCACAUGCGUGCUCUGCGCUCCGAACACCAAGGCGAUCAAGCGAGGGCUGGUGGACCGCGGAAUGAACCGGCGCCUCAGGGAGAGAGGAGUCAAGAUGGAAACCGACCUGACGGGAGUGGUCAGGAGGGGGAAGGUUCGUCGACAUCAGGAGGUACAAACAAACCCGAAUUACCGCUACUGAGCGAGCAGAUUACCCUAGAGGAGCUUUGGGAGACGUUAGGCGAAUGCUUGGCGGAGUUGGGCCGAACGUCCGACAGUCACGCUGUGCUGGUACUGCAGCCUGCAGUUGAGGCUUUCUUCCUUGUCCACGGUACAGAAAAACAGGAGAACACCUCGACUCAAAGCCAAAGCGAACAACCGCGCUCCAGUCAACGCUUAUCAUCAUUGAGCACAGAAGUUAUGCCUGCCUCCCCCGGACCUCUAUCCCCGGGCCCCUUGAGUCCAAACCGACAGAUGUCAGUCACGUCUGUGACGUCAGAUUUGCCAUCAGACACACAGAAGUUCCUUAGAUUCGCUGAAAAGCACCGUACUGUGUUGAACCAAAUCCUACGUCAAUCCACUAUUCACCUCGCCGACGGUCCGUUCGCGGUUUUAGUUGAUCAUACACGAGUGCUCGACUUUGACGUCAAACGUCGUUUCUUCCGUCAAGAGCUCGAACGACUCGACGAAGGAAUCCGACGAGACGACCUCACGAUCCACGUCCGACGCGAACACGUGUUCGAGGACUCGUACCGAGAGCUUCACCGGCGAAGUGCAGACGAGAUGAAGAGCCGACUGUAUGUAGUGUUCGAAGGCGAGGAAGGACAAGAUGCCGGAGGACUUCUGAGGGAAUGGUUCGUGAUCAUGUCCCGGGAGAUGUUCAACCCAAAUUACGCCCUUUUCACGACCUCCCCAGGGGACAGAGUAACGUAUCAACCAAACGCCAGUUCCAACUGCAACUCCAACCAUCUGAGUUACUUUAAGUUCGUCGGCAGGAUCGUGGCUAAGGCGAUUUACGACAACAAGCUGUUGGAUUGUUUCUUCACGCGGUCUUUUUACAAGCACAUCUUGGACAAACCUGUGCACUUCACGGACUUGGAGUCGUUCGACUACGCUCUGUAUCAGGGUCUGCAUUACUUGCUGGAACACGACAUCAGUGAUAUCGACAUGGAGCUCACAUUCAGUACUGAGGUCCACGAAUUCGGUUUGUCAGAAGUCCGCGAACUGGUUAAGAACGGCAAGAACAUCGCUGUAACGGAAGAAAAUAAGAAAGAGUACGUACAAAGAGUGUGUCAAAUGAAAAUGACCGGAGCAAUCAGGAACCAGCUUGACUCCUUCCUGGAGGGUUUCUACGACAUCAUUCCUAAACGUCUGAUUUCUAUCUUCGAUGAACAAGAACUCGAGUUGUUGAUUUCCGGCCUUCCAAACAUUGACUUGGAUGACUUGAAAGCGAACACUGAAUACCACAAAUACACGGAGAACUCAUUACAGAUCCAGUGGUUUUGGAGAGCCUUACGUUCGUUUGACCAGGCGGACCGAGCAAAAUUCCUUCAGUUUGUCACAGGGACAAGCAAGGUUCCUUUGCAGGGUUUUGGUGCCUUGGAGGGGAUGAAUGGAUUCCAAAAGUUCCAGAUUCAUCGCGACGAUCGGUCUACGGACAGGUUACCGUCUGCGCAGACAUGCUUUAACCAGCUGGAUCUCCCAGCCUACGAGACGUACGACAAGUUACGGUCCAUGCUGAACAAGGCAGUGGACGAGUGCCCUGAAGGGUUUGGUUUGGCGUAAAACGUACACACAAAGGAGAUUCAAAGACUGGAAUUUUGAAACACGAAAAAGACAGUACAUUAAUCGAGUUAAGGUUGACUGUUGUGCCCUGAUGUGAGAAUUAUACGAAAUAUUGAACUCAGGGAACAAAAGGAGGAAAAAAGAAAACAAUUCUAAAAUACUUGAAGUGUUUGAGAGUGAAUCACUGGAUAGUUUACGGCCUUCAUAUGGGAAGUAUUGUGCAGAGAUGAGUUUUCCUCUCGUUGGACAAAGAAGCAGCUUUAAUUGCCUUUGAAGGAGUGCGUGACAAGAAUAUUGUUACAGAAAAGUGUUGUCACGCAAGAACAUUUCGUCAUGAAACAACGCGUACGCAAAGAGCUACAUUCGCUGAUAGACACUAGACUUUGGUACUUACUGCAGUAGUCCGCUUUGGCGAGAAAAUAUUGCUUUGCUUUUCGUAUCUAAAUGAUAAAGAGCUGACAACAGAAACUACUUAGUUAGAGUUUGGUGGAACUGUUUGAAGCCUUACUUGAGGAGUGCGUGACCGAAACUUGAGUGACAAAAAUGUUAUAUAAGAGUCACGUUGAAAAAGACAUUCUUGAACAUUUUGAUUAAAAUAGUUAUCAAUCCACGCCAAACUGACGCGUUUAUUUAGGAAAGAUUUUGAAACAAUAAAACAGUUUCUAUUUCCAAGUAAGCUAUGGAUCACUUUCUUUUUAUUUCUGUGAUAUUUUGAAGUGUAUCUUGCCGCUUGCGAAGAACAGUAAAGUAAGAAAAUUUUGCCGCUUAUCUCCUGAACGAAAACUAAAAAAAAAACCUCAUCUUUGCGACAUUUAAUCUGUUUUUGUUACUGAGCUAGUUCGAAGAUUUCUAUAGAAUAAAAUACUUUUCUCCUGGUGA